UGGGUAUUUUGCAAUAUUCCUGAUAGAAGCAACAUGGUUAUCUUCGAUUGACAAGGAGGAAUAUGUUUCAGAUUUUAUGUGAUGUGACGUGUUAAGAUGUAAACGUGUUACUAUUUAUUUUCGUGCCAGUAAUGUAUACAUUCCUGAGAUAAGAGGUAUUGACAGUGAACUCUCUGACACGUGGAAUAUUACAGAGAAAGCGUUUAGUGUAUUAAGAAUUUUCUCAGUGCACACAACUUCAUCAAGAUGCCUGAACAGAAUUCUGCGGAUCAGUACUCUACCUGGGUUGGGCUUAUUUAUGUUUUCAAUCUUAUCAUUGGUACAGGAGCAUUGACACUGCCUGCUGUGUUCAGUCGAGCAGGAUGGGUCCUUGGAUUAACAGUUAUUUUAGUACUUGCUUUUAUAAGUUUCGUCACAGUAACUUUUGUUAUUGAAACUAUGGCCUCAGCGAAUGCUAUAAUUACUUGGCGACGAAUUCAGCAACGUAAACGUGUAGGUUUUUUACAAGACUCAUCAUCCCAUGAUUCUGAUAUAGAGACACUUCAGAAUCUUGGAGAGUCUGGAACAUCAAAUUCUGAUUCUGAAGAUACUCCUCUCGUUGUUAACCUGCCAACAAGCCCCGAUCGAUUGAAUAUGACAUACCGAUACUAUCUUAUACAUGACAAAAUAGAGAUGGGCGAGAUGGCAUCAAUAUUUUUCAACAAAUUAGGAAUCAGUCUUUUCUACUUGUGCUUUGCUGUUUAUUUAUAUGGUGAUUUGAGCAUCUAUGCUACUGCUGUUGCUAAAUCUUUAGGUGAUGUUGCAUGUACAUACCAACCGAAAAAUCUUACUUGCAAUGAUACUAUUCCUGAUACUGAGCUGUGCUGGGAUGGUUCUGAAAUGACUCGUUUGGAUGCUUAUAGAAUGUUCUUGACGAUGUUCAUAAUGUUCUUGGGGCCUUUUGUAUUUUUCAAUAUACAAAAAACAAAGUAUUUGCAACUUUUAACUUCCCCAAUGCGAUGGCUGGCAUUUACGAUUAUGAUAGUAUAUGCCGCAAGAAAAUUAAUUGUAGAUGGACCGCAGGGCAACCCUCCGACCGCUAACAUAUCGGGAGUUCCUGGUCUUUUUGGAGCCUGCGUUUACUCUUUCAUGUGCCACCAUUCCCUGCCCGCUCUGGUAGCGCCGAUAUCCAAUAAAUCCACUAUCAACAGAUCACUUGCCUUCGAUUACGCGCUGAUAGCCAUCUUCUAUCUUCUACUGGCUCUGACUGGAGCCUUCGCGUUUGAGCACCUGGACGAUCUCUAUACUCUGGACUUCGGUCCAAGAGGCUCCGCUGACUGUUCCAAGAGCACAAAUCUGCCAAUGCUGAUUGUUGAAUACUUCCUAGCAUUGUUCCCAGUGUUCACCCUUAGUACAAGCUUCCCGAUCAUUGCAAUUACUCUGAGGAAUAACCUGCAGUCGCUAUUCCUUUUUGAAGAUGCCAACUACAAUAUCUGCUUCUGUAAACUCAUUUUUCCUGUUCUGGCUAUACUACCGCCGUACCUCAUCGCUAUGGCAACUAAGGAUCUGUCCAUCCUCGUAGGGAUUACGGGGUCCUAUGCUGGUGCUGGGAUCCAGUACCUGAUACCAACAUUCUUGGUAUACAACGCAAGACGCAAAACAAAUAAAGUCAUCGGCAUGGGAGUGGUGAAUAAGUUUGCAAGUCCAUUUCGUAGCAACUUUUGGAUUUGGUUCGUUCUCCUUUGGGCUGUUACUUGUAUGAUUUUAGUAUCAGUGAAUCUUAUGAAAGUGCAAUUUUCCCUCAAUUUCACUGAGCUAAACAGUGUUGAAUAGUACAUAAGAACAACAUUCCACGAGGACAAUACUGCUACAGGGAGCAUUUUGAAGAUUGAUCUGAUUGCAGGAAGAUUCAUUAUAUCCUGAAAUAUAUAUUCUCGCUCGAUUCUUCUUCGAGAUAGACGUUGACAAUACUACGACACUGGUCAGGAUCCGUAUCGUACAAGCCAAAUUACAUAGCUUGAAAGUGAUAUACUAUUUUUAGCUAUUUUAUACAUUUGGUUUUAAAAAUUGAGAUAUAAUUUUAUUUGUUUUAUGUGAACGAAAAUAAGACAUGAUCUUAUUAUAGUGUGAAUGUAUAUUUUCAACUUGAAGUAUUUUUUUUACUUAUUUUAUUUUGCUCUAAGAGCAUGUGUUAAUGAACUUUAAAUUAGGAAUCAGUAUAAUGAUUUUCGUAUUUCUUUGAUCUAUGAUAUUUCAGAAGAUAUAUUCUGUAAAAAAAUUUGGCAUAGUUUAGUAUUUAAUGAGGUAUUAGUGUGUUUAAUUUCUUCUUUUUAUGAGGAUUUUUAUCGUAAAUGUAAUACAUUUCAAAGAGAACCCCAAAUGAUUCUGAAUUGAUUAGAAACUAUACACUUAUCAACUAAUUAUCGUAUUUGUUUUCUGUUAUUUUUAAAAGUAUAUUGCUUUUACUACAUUUAGCACGAUGAUCAUAGUCAUCGUCGUAAAUUUUUUUCCCAGUUAAAUAAAAUUUAUAAAUUGAUUAUAUGAGAUAAGAAUGCGAUCGGGCUUUUGUAUGUUGUCAUUCUUCAUCAAAUCUAUGUAUAUUUUGUCCACGAGUAACAUAGUUUUUGAAGGGGCCAUCCUUGCCACAGAAUGUUUUACUCAUGGAACGACUGUAUUUGAUAAAAUCAUCAGGUGGUUACAAGUAAUUAAUUUUUGUGUUCUAAGUGUAAUUUCUGGCAAAGAAUCUUAACUGCAAACUUUAGAUAAAUUACAUUAAAUUCAUACUAGAGGUGCGUUUCACUUAACGUCCGCAACACUCCCAACAUCGUUGUGUCUUUAAGUAUUAAAUGUAUUCGAUAGAGAAACAACGAUGUUGCGGGCGAUAAGUGGAACGUGUUCUGGGUAGCAGCAGUUCAAAAAUUCAGUUGGAAUAUAACACUAUCUUUGUAGUAAACAUAAAGAUGUGCUACGUGCUGUCCAAAUUUUUCAAAACGUACUUGAUAUCUCGAAAAAAAAAAUCAUAAGUGUCUACGUGCAUAGACUGACAAAAGGUGCUAUCUUAAAAACGUACGUAUGAUCAUUAUAAAGAUAAUUUUAGUAUAAUAGCUGUUACGUGGUCUAUGCUACUAUUGUGUGUAUAAAUAUAUUUUUACAAAAAUGAGAGCAUCACGAAGAUGAGAGAAAGAAGAAGAUACUGCCAAAGAAAGUAAAACAAGCGUAUGAAGUAAAGAUUGUUAUAAAACAUUGUGCAGUAGUUUUAUCUUAAGUAAACUGUAAUUUUUCGUAGCGUGUCUUUAUAUGUAUGUAGAAAAAGUACGAUGACAAUAGUACUCUGAAUUCCAUGUACAAGCAUAUGUGUCACUGACACGUGUGCUACUACUCAAUGUUAUACACAUUGUGUAUACAUAAUGUUGAAUAUUAAUAAAAAUAUACACAUGUAUAUUUUUCAAGUAA